GAAGAGAUUCGUGUUUAAAAAAAAAACCCGACACACUAGCUGGGGCAGGGUUGCUGUCAUCUACGGAAGGCAAUCAGAGUGACCGUCCACCACCUGAACCAUCCGUCCGGUUUAUGAGAUAAGGCGAUCAAUCAGCCGCCGGUUAACCUUCGGGCGGGGGGGGAGACAGACGCAUAGGAGCAAUUUACGAUCUUCAACUCCUGAGUGGCGACAACAUGGCUGAGUGUAACGUUAGCAUCGACCAGGACAAGCUACCUGGCGUGAAAGAGGUGUGCAGAGACUUUGCUGUGCUGGAAGACCACUGCCUUGCCUACAACCUCCAGGAACAAGAGAUUGAGAGCCACUUGGCGUCCAAUGUCCACAAGAGCCGUCUGGUCCAGCAGGACCUGCAGGUGGCCAAGAAGCUGCAGGAGGAGGAGGAUGAGAUAGCCAAGGUCGUGAUCAAGAAGCAGCAUGUCGACAUCGAGCGCCAAGACAAUGAGAUCGCUCAUGAGAUUCAGGACCAACUGGUUCGACAGGCCGAGCAGCAACGACGACAGCAGGAGGAGAAGGAUGCGGCCAUCGCUCGGAAGCUCCACGAGAAGGAGAUGAAAGAGGAAAGACGACGACAGAAGCAACUGGAAGAAGAGUACUAUGAGGACCCAGGAGCCUCCCCUUCAUCUCUGCCCCGUUCAGCUGCAAGACAGCCUCUUGACUUGGACAAGCCCGCGCCCCCCGCCUCUAGUUCCCCAGGCCGCUACAAUGCAUAUGCUCCGGUGAGCUCCCAACGUGAUCACUCGCCAGAUUAUAAUUCAAUCGAGCCACAAAGGAGCAGGUACCCGAAACAUGACCCGGCAUCACCGCGCAGCUCCAGAUACCCUGAACACUCCCUGGGGGCAGAAGGAGGGCGAAGCAGGUAUGCAGAUCCAUAUCCAGAUCACCUGCUGUCCCCCAAAGGCAGGCGUGGAGACAGGUACCCAGAUUAUGAGCCAGCAGAGUCCAGCAUAGCACAGGACAUACAAGGAGAGGACCCCAAGAGGGCGGUGAGACGUAAAGAGAGGCCAGCCCGAUCGACGCAUGAUCCCAAGGAGAGAGACAAGGGCUGGGAGAGAGAGAGGGACAGAAGACAUGACAGAGACUGGGGCAGGGACCCAGAGCGGGACCAUUAUACGAGAAAACAGGAAAGGACAGAAAGGGACCAGGACAUGAGAAUGGCAAGAGGAGGAAGAGACAGGGAAGGCUUCAGAGAUGGAGGCCAUAGCGAGGAGAAGCUUGAAGCGAGAGACGGGCAAAGACACAAAGGCAAGGAUGGACAACGAACGAGGGCGAGGAGCAGGGAAAGGACACUUGACGGAGAAUUCUCUGAGCCGAGGCGGGGCAGGGUGUCCCGAGAGGAGGAAGAGGAUGACGUGAGGAGGGCCAGGGGUCGCCAGAGGGUUCUCUAUGACGACGUGUUCGAGGAGCCCAGGAUCAACGAAGUUGACAGCAGGGACCUUCGACAAGGGGAGGCUUCCAGCAGUCGUACCCCCUCCAACGGAGAAACAGGUCGCAUUGUGCAGAAAGGGAGUGGAGCAGUCAUAGAAGAGUACGGACUCAAUGAGGCCACAAAGGGCCUGACGAAGCUGGACCUACGCCAGCAGGAGCUGAAAGACAUGGAGGUGGCCAGAUGGCUGCAGGAGGAGGAGGUGAAGGCAAGCAAGAGCCACGUGCGUGCAGCCCAAGUUGCACAAGAUGAGGAGAUCGCCCGACUGCUGAUGGAUCAAGAAAAGAAGGAGUACAGGAAACAUCGAGAACGGGAGAAGGAGAAGGAGCGGGACCGGGAGGAGAAGGAGAGGGAGCGCUUGGCCAUGGAAAGGAGGCGACCAGAGGGAGACCACAGGCCACAUUCGGAGGAUGUCGUCCGACCUCGAACACGAGAUGACUACGACCACCAGAGGCACAGGAACCACCACAAGCCUUCCAGGCCUCCACAGCCUCGCUCCCACGAGUACGAGAACGUGAACCCGGGUUACGGCUACGCUGACUAUGGUGCUCCCCAACGGGCACCCACCAGGCCUGAGGCCGCGUACAAAGGUGCCUAUUACAAGCGGUGACUCAGGCUCCAGACAGGCUGCCAGUCGUCAUCUUGUCUCUGCCCUUAUUUAUCCUUCUUGUCUUGGACCAGUCCCACUCUGUUGACCAAAAGCCUUGGGACAAUCUUAACCAGCUGGCAAUGGAAGUUUGUUUUCUGUGCUACUUCAUUAUCCUCCCAUGCAGAGUGAACAAAGAGAGUCUGAGUGUGCUGCAACCACACUCCUUUUGCUAUUUCUUUUUAAUACAGCACAUCCCCACCAUGAGAGGCCUUUUUUGUCAUUGUCAUCACAAAACUAAUUAACCACGACAAAGGAGAUGGAAUUCAUUAGUGUUCGUCCACUGGCAACUUUCUUUGGCACAAUGCCAAGACAAGCGCAGUGUUGUGCCAAAAACAAGCAAAAUUUUGGUGAAAAUUUCCAACAAAAAGCAAAUCAUACAUAAAGUGGGGCGUGCAAAAACAUAUGUUUCAGUGUAGGCCCCCAUACGAGUGAUGUAAAGGUGAACAUUGGAGACCCCUGCUCUAAAGCAUAUGAUAUGCAUGUCACAAUGAACAAACAGCUUUUCAUUUCACGCGUACACAUGAGGAAACAAUCACAGGCAUGCAGUAUUGUAGGUACAAAACAUCUUCCUGCUGGAAAAUGUUGAGUCAAUCGACUUGUGACAUGGCGCCAUCAAACCACUUUGUCUUAGUCAUUUACUAUUUAGGGGUGCAAAUGGCAACCAGGCGGGGGUGUACUGUAUUUUCAUUUUGUCAAUAUAGAUUCUUCUACCUGACAGCAAAGCAGCCUCGUUCCACGUCGCGGUCAAGCUCGAGGCUCCGUCCACCGCGAUCGCCAUGUGCCAGUCACAAGGGCUCAAGGCCUCUGACCCACGCAAGCGCCAUCUUUUUACCCCCUCUUGUGAUGGGAUGUGCCUGUUUAGUCCAGCGUGGCCUCAAUAUUUGGCAGCUGCUUUGUCCACCUGUUCUCCAUGGUAGCUUCAAAUCACCAUGCAACGCAACGAGGCCACGCUCUGUCGCUUGGACAUCAGCGGGCAUUUUGGGGGGUUUUCGGACGGAUGAUGUUCUCUGUGGGACUUGCUGUUUCUGUGUGCAUGCUUCCUGAAAACCACAUCGAAUUUCCAAAUCAGGGGUGUCCAAAGUGCCUUCCGCGCUUUUUUGUUGUUGUUGCUGUUGUAUUGGCCUGCAGCACAUUCUAAAAAUAGAAAUGAACAACGGGAAGAAAAAAAAACAGCAGCCAAAAUUUAAAACUCAGUAAUUUUACAAGAAUAAAGUCAAAAUAUUAAGAGGAAAAAAGGUGGGGGGGGGGGAGUUGUAGUUCCAGAAAAUACUGUAAUAUUAUGAGGAAAAAUAACGUAGUUUUAGCAGCAUCGAGUAUUCAAGAAAAAAUAUGUCAGUUUAAAUUUAUAAUAUGAGAAACAAACAAUUGUAAUUUUUGGAAAAUUAAGUUGUGAAAAAGUUAUAAUAAUCUGAGAAAAAAGUCAAAAUAUUACAAGAAUAAAAUUUACAAGAAAGUUGAAAGAGUUGGAAAAUUUAAAAAAAAAAACAGAUGGUGAAAAACAGCUGUGAUUUUGAGAGUAAAGUCAAAAUAUUACAACAAAAAAUGGUAUUCUAUUGACGAAAAAAGUCACAGUCACAAGAUGAAAUUGUAAUAUCAGGAAAAAUGUCAUUCUAUGAGCAUAGAAUUGAAAUAUUAAAGAAAGAAUCUGUUAUUUUUAUUUUGUUGUAAUAUUGUGAGAAACAAAAAAUAUACAAAAUGAAGUUGUAAUUUGUUUAAGGAGUUGUGGGAGGGGGGAGUAGUAGUAUGGGAAUAAAGUCAAAAUGACGAGAAUAAAAUUUAGGAAGAUUAAGAGGAAUGUUUAAAUAUUUGGAAAAUGUAAAAAACAAAAAUGGGUGGGGGGCAGAGCAAAGGGGGGGGGGGUUGAGAUGCAUGUUUUUCUUGAAAUCUGUAUAACUUCUUAGCUACAAAAUGUCAAAGUGGCAAAGUUGCAUCCUUUCAUUUUUCACAAUGUGGCCCUCGCUGGAAAAAGUUUGGACACCCCUGAUGUAAAACAAUGUGCUAACUGACAUAGCGUAGCUAGCGUAGCGCCCAGCAGUACAUCCAGUACAUACCAUACCCUUCUUUUUACAUACCGUACCCUUCUUUUCUUCCCCAUGCAUGCAUCACUUAUAACUAUUACCAUUUUAUAUUGUUGCUUUUGUUUUGUAAAUAUUUUUUUUCCAAAUCAUCCAAAAGGGGAGAAAAACAUCUCAUAUGUAUGACUGUAUAAAAAAAAAAAAAAAAGACAUUUUCCUUAAUUUUUUUUCUUAUUAUUCUUUUUUUUAUUUCCAUGCUUUAUUGUGUUAACAUCCUGCCGGCACACAAUAAAAGCACAGUUGAAGCUGAAACGACACAUAGGUGCUGAAAGGGAGCUAUUUUUCUGUUUUUACCGCGUGGUGGUCAUGUCAUGUUCUGUUCAUAUUGAAUAAGGCCAGCGUGCUGUGAGAAAUGAAGUCCGUCAGUUGGUUUUCAAGUGAAUUCUGUAGACUCUGCUAGCUCCUCUGUGAGCCCCCUCUUCCCCCAAGGUGGUGUUUGUUUGUAUCAUGUGCCAUAUGUGUCAUUUUCCAAGCACUUGUGUACGGGAGAGGUUGCAACUUUCAUUUGAGGACAGCGCCGCCUCGUGGGCAAGUUCCUAAAGAGGUUUGGAAAUGCUGUCGAACAGUGCUGGGGGUGUGUAUGUUAGUGUAUCAUGUCAAACAUUGAGCAGGUCAUUUUCUUUGAAAACAGGGCUUGUAUGCAAUCUUAUGAAAUCAACACGUGCUGGAAGACGACAACAUUUUUAAGUACAUUGAAAUGAUUGCUUUGACUUAUUGCAUCUGAAAUUGUAAUAAAGCUUGUCGGCAUUCACCAGG